CUUUAGAAACGUUACCAACUGAGACACGGUGUAUCCCCACUUCUUUUUCUUUCCCCUCAUGCAAUAAAAGAGCUGAAGGACUGGAACAAUGAACCAACUCGCAAGGCAUUUCUGGUUCACCUUUUCAGCUCUUUCUGUGACAUUCCCAUUGCAUUCUGAUGAGGUUUAUUCAGCUCCUGUAAGACCUUAUGCUGAGCUUCAGAAGACCAUCCUACCUGCUCUGGAAACUGACCCUGUUGAUUUGUUUCCAAACUACCCAGACUUUGCAAGCGUUGAUGGCACCCAGCACAAUACGAGCAUCAUUUGGAAUUUAGAGCCACGCUCUCUGUCCAAGAGAUCGAUCAACUGGAAUAAAGUGAUCCCAAACCGGCCAGCCUUAGCUGAGAUUGUUGUUGUUGGCUCUGUGUCCAUCAUUCUUGCUCUGCUGAGUGGAAUGGUCCUUUGGUAUUUCAUACUCAAAUGGACGAAGGAAGAGAAAGCGUUGACUUUUGGUUUCAGGCUCCUUUCUAAACAGAUUCCAUUUGGGAAUCUAGCCCGAGGGGAUGAAGAGUGGAGGGGGCAUGAGGAAGGCAGUGCAUGGCAAAGAAGAAUUGAGAAGUUCAAAGGGUUUGAUUUUUCAGCUUUGAAGCCCAAAAGGAAGAAAAAGAAAGUAUCAAAGGAGGAUAAGAAAGCAAAGGAAAUGAAGGAAAAGCAGGAGAAGCCACCUGAAGAAAUGAGUGAAAAACAGGGAGAGAAAGAGAAGCUACCUGGAGAAGGGAAGGAAAAGAGGGAAAAGAAACCAAAGGUGGCAAAGAGACAAGAAAAACAAAAGAAAUUGAGAAAAAUCAAGAAAACAAAGUCAAAACUGCAACUAAAGCACCCCAAAGGAAAGAAGUCACCAAGUCGGAAGAAACUGAAGUGAAGAACUCUAAUCAACAGGAUUCAGGUGAAAUGAAAUGGAAGCUGGAAAGCAAAAGGAAACAAUGAGAGAGAAAAGAAAUAUGUAGGAGGAAGGAACUGGCCUGACCGAUGGCACCAUCUGAACCAGGAAGACCCAGAGGCAGGAAUGCUAAUGGGCUGGUGUCUGGUUCAGAAACCUAGGGGAUGGAUAGUCGGAAUGAUUUUCAUCUUCUUUUGUUCCCUGAUGAGAAUGUUGUACUGCUGGUGGGGUACAAAUGUCAUAAUA